AUGGGCUUUGAGGAGGUUGCAGCCUUCUCCAAUUCCCAUCCCCCCCAAAAUGUACAAGAUUCAGUGGAGAGAUGGCUCUCUCCAGUGUCGAGGGAAGAGCCAGGCCGAUUCUUCAACCUCCGGCAUUCCUAUGAGCGGUGGCCUUUCAACACCUAUAACGGCAAAUCGGACCUCGAUCAAACUAGCAUUGCUUCCAUUGACGAUGAUGUCAGCGUGAGCGAUUCGGCGCAUGAGUCGUACUCUUCCGAGUCGUCUUCUCAGACGUCGUGGACGUCAACAACUGAUUCUGGCGACAUCUUCCUGGACGAGGAUGGCAGAGAGCCACUUCCGCCUCUCAAGAAGGUGCUCUCUCACACAGCACUCGAGCCUCAGGAGCAGCUGUUGAAAGGACUACAGACCAAAGACCAAGCCGUCUCGGGCAGCACCUGCCCCCUUGAGUAUGCCUAUCGCAGCCUCAAGGCUCGAGUCUCAACUCAUUUUCAACAAGCUGGUCAGACAUGUCCACGAUUCCGUGGUGGCGAAGCCAGCAUUGACCCGGAUGUGCAACAUUUGAGUGCUCGGAGAACUGCCUGUUCUUCCAGGAGACAAUGCCCACCCAAGUUGAAGAGAGACACCGACGUGACAGAACAAUUUGUGUCUCUGCUCAUCAUUUUCGCAAAGAGACUUAUCACCGCAAUAUGGCCUCUCUCUGACCGGCCACCCAUGAUGUCGGAUUGCUUCAACGGGGCCGGUGUGUUACGGCUUGAUACCUUUAUCAAAGAAACCCUCCGACGCUCCAAGACAAGCUACUCGACUUUGCAAGUUGCGCUAUACUAUCUCAUACUACUAAAGUCCAGGAUGCCGCAAGGUCCGUCCAAGACCAGUUGUAGAGGCGAGUCGUUUGAGAAGUCGCAGUGUCGAGCUAUGCAGUGUGGGCGUCGCAUGUUUUUGUCGGCGCUCAUGUUAGCCUCGAAAUACUUGCAAGAUCGCAAUUAUUCGGCUCGGGCUUGGAGCAAGAUCUCUGGCCUACGCAGCAGCGAAAUCAAUGAGAACGAAAGAGAAUAUCUCGCGCAGAUCAACUACGACCUGCAUGUCCCGAAAGAGGCUUUCGACAAUUGGAGCAAGGUUGUUUUGAUCUUGAGCAAAUUGUCGAGCGAGGGAUCCGCGUGCCAACCAGGUACUUUCAACGCAGACUUCGGUCCCCCUGGUGGUCGUGCAAGCACUUCCUUGGCCGCCAUGAUCUCACAAGUGGGUUUGGAUGAGAACAUCAACGACCAUGUUUUCUCAGAAGCGUGGUGGACUGCUUUGCUUCGGAAACUCGAUCCGAGCAUUGUCAAAGACACUGCGCAUGUGGAUGAGUUCUUGCGAGCCAAUCUACCAAGCGAUAAGAUGGACGUUGUCGCAUCGCUCGCGAAUCUAAACAAACAAGUGAGCCCACGACCGGAUAACGCAAGCCUAGGCGCGGAUGGUGUCACUCAUUGCUAUGAUCUGAAUUUCAGCGAAGCCCUGAAGACACGCGUAGCCGAGCCGACCAAGGCCCAACCUGUUCCGAGUUCGCAAACUCCCGCUCAGAUGAGUCCUGUCAAAGGUGUCGCUUUACCGAGUCGUCCUCAGCUCGGAAAUCUUCCGACUCCGCAGACUACUCCUCGGAUUCCGGAGCAAUAUUCGUGGGAGCGAAGCUGUGGCCGACCUUCCCUUCGUUGCUCCGCGUCGGUGGAUGCGCUGCGAAGUAUGCGGAAACAGUGCCUCCUGAACGCCAACCUGGAACGUUGCCCCCCUCCUCGACCUCAAAGCCUUGUCUUACCAUCUGUCAACAACCCCAGUGCUUUCAUCACCGGCUUCGACCUCUUCGGACUCGACGACUGUGACAUCCCGAUCUCGAUCAUCAUCCAUUUCGUCCAACUCUUCAUGGUCGUCCUGGGCACCAAGCAUACCACCACUGCGGAGAAAGUUGUGGAGCGGCGUCAGCUCUCCCCUAUCUCGAGUCUCUUCACUGUCUGA